CCAUGGGGCAGGGACGCUCUGUGGUGGUGAGCACUGGCUGUGGGAGAACAAGGAUCGCCAGAGGCAGAGGGGGAUCCCGGGAGGUCAAACCAGGGUCCUGAGGAGGGAAACACUGGCCACUGUGGGGGAGGGCACAGGAUUCCUUUUGGGGGGCACCACCUGUUGGAGUUGUUGGGAUCCCCCGGGGGGGAAGAGGCUGAAGAAGGCUUUGGGGUCCCAGCCUUGCUGGUGCUUCUGGGUUUGGAAAUUCCCUUGUCCUUGUCCUCUGUGCCCUCUGCACCCCCCUCCCAUGCCCUCCUCCAGCUGGGAAGCGUCCUGGAGACAGGGCUGUUGCUCACCCUCAGCGCUAUCCCCUCUGAUCAGGAGCAGCAGCAAUGCCUGCCCCAGAGAACAGAUCCAUUUUCGAGGCUGCCCAGGACCCCGCCUUCGUGUAUGGGCUGUCCCUUGUCACUGGGUUUUCGGUGGAUGCAUCGGUCACAGACCCGAGGCCUGUAAACCAUGAGAAACGCGCAGCUGCUGGUGGUGAGGAGAGAGCCCACGGGGUCCCUGAGGUGCCCGAGCGGAUGUACUGCUUGACCUGUGCGCAGGCGUUCGACAGCCGGGAGGAGCAGACUGAGCAUUACCGUCUCGAUUGGCACCGCUUCAACUUGAAGCAGCGGCUCCUGGGGCGCCCAGCACUGCCAGCAGAGGGGUUUGAAGAGAAGACCUGCGCAGGCGAUGUUUCCAGCAUCUCAGGGUCUGAUCUGGAGAGCUCCGAUUCAAGCAGUGAGUCACAGUCACUGCCCCCUGUCAGCAAUAGUGCUGAGACCUCCCAGGUCCUCCGCUCCCACAAGGUGCUUUUCAGGAACGGAAAGGGCCAGCUCAUCUCUGCUUACCGCUGCGUGCUGGGCACUGGGAAGGGUGGCAGUGAGGAGCCAGCGGAGCUGGUGGCAUCGCUCCAGAGCCUCAGUGCAAGCACGUGCUGGGUUGUGCUGAUGAUGGGUGGUGGACACUUCGCAGGAGCUGUCUUCCAGGGCCCCCAGUUGCAGGAGCACAAGACCUUCCACCGCUACACAGUGCGAGCCCGGCGGGGCACGUCCCAGAGCCUACGGGAUGCCCAAACCCCAGCUGCAGCACCCAGGUCAGCCGGAGCCUCGCUGCGGCGUUACAAUGAGGCCGCGCUGCUAAGGGAUAUCCAGGACCUGCUGGCAGGCUGGGCGCACCACUUACGGGAAGCUCGGCGCAUCUUCCUCCGGGCCCCUCGCCACAACCGGACGCUGCUCUUUGGCGGCAGGAACCCUCCUCUCACCCAGGGUGACCCCCGUGUCUGCCACAUCCCACUCAGCACCCGCAGGGCCACCCUGCGGGAGGUGCUGCGAGUCCACGCUGUGCUGGCCAGCCUGCAGGUGUACGGGAAGGACACGCCGCUGGAAGAGAUCACUAGGUCCCCCCAGAAGGGUUUGCAGAAGGGGCGACGGGCAGCAGAAAUGGAUGUUGUGCGGGAAGACAUGACUGGCCCUGCCCUGUCACCCCGCUCAGCCCCAGAGGAGGAAGAGGAAGAGGAGAGCCUGGCAGGAAAGCUAGAGACUGUGGAGGUUACACUGGGGACCUUGGACCUCCGGGAGUUUGAAGUGAUUCCCAAGCGGAACCGCAAGAGGAGGAGGAAGAGGGACAAGAAGGUGGAGAAAGGGUCCUGUGCUGAGGAGAUAGGAAGCCUGGAGCUGUCGACAGAGCCACAGCGGGAGGCUGGGGCUGAGCCCCUUUCCUGGAGCAAUGGAGGAGACACCCAGACCCAGCUCCGCGAUGCCCUGUUCACAGCCUGCAAGACAGGGGAUGUGGGGACCCUGCGGCACCUCCUGGGUGUGCUAGACAACGGGACCUCACCAGGGGACAGCGAGGGUGAGAAGGAGGCUGUGCUCUGCUCCCUGCUCAACCAGCCUGUGGAUGAGCGUGGCUGCACCCUGUUGCAUGUGGCAGCAUGUGCAGGGAAGGCCGAGGCUGUGUACCUGUUACUGGAGGCAGGAGCUGACCCAGCGCUCAGAGACAGGCAGGAGCAGCCCCCCUACUGCGUCUCCGCUGACAAACCGACCCGCAACGCCUUCCGCAAGUUCGUGGUGGACCAUCCGGAUAAGUAUGACUACAGCCGUGCCAAGGUUCCCGGGCCCUUGACGCCAGAGAUGGAGGCCAAGAAGCUGGAGAAGAAGCGGGCACAGAAAGCCCAGCGGAAGCAGCGGGAGCAGGUGCAGCGGGAGGAGCGGCAGCGCUGGGAGCAGGAGCAGGAGGAGAAGCAGCGGUUUGCUGCCCUGUCUGACAGGGAGAAGAGGGCCCUGGCUGCUGAGCGGAGGCUGGCUGCACAGCUGCAGGACACCGGCACAACUCUUGCUAACAUCAGCCGCUGCUGGCAUUGUGGGGAGUCCCUGCUGGGCCGGAUCCCCUUCCACUACCUUGACUUCUCCUUCUGCUCCACGGCCUGUCUGCAACCCCCCCGCCGAGCCCGGGCCAGCCACACGUAGGGCUGGGGACUGUUGCUGCCUGCCAAGGACGAACGUAGUGGAGACAGAGCUGAGCACUGGCUGCGUGGCAGGGGGACGGAGAGCCCUGAAGUGCUGGUGCGUGGAGGGGCUGAGCUGGCCACGUCACUCUCUAGGGCAACUGCGGCAAUGCUCUGGGCAGCCACAGAGCUUUGGAGAUAUUAGAGCCGGGAGCCCCUAUGGGGCUCAUGCCCAUGGCCCAGCCUGGCUCUAUAUGGGGGGUCCUGGUGGCUGUCCUUUUCCCUGGUACUUUGCUGGCUGCUGCCUGUGGUGCUGGGACAGAUCCUGAUGCAUCCGCAUCCUGCAUCCCUGAGCUGCCUGCAGCCAUGCCCAAGGGCAUUCUCAAGGCAAGGCUUUUCCCUCCCCUCUCCUGGGUGUCAUUGGCAUCUCAGCCCUAUUGUGUUGGCAACUACCUCCUCUGCCUGCAUUGUCAAUAAAGAGGUGCCUGGACCCUCUAGGCCCAGCCUGCUGUGUGCACGGGUAUUAGGGGGACUCAGCAUGAGCACUGGCACCAUUUGGGAUGAGUUGUGGGGGGCACAUGCAGAACAGACUGAACAUGGGCUCCUUUCUCUUA